AUGCAAUUCGAUGAUUUCUACGAAAUUGUUGGAGUUUUUGGUCGAUACCAAAAAGUCAAAUAUUUGAUGAUAUGUUUGGCGUACAUGCUUCCUCCAAUAAUGGUUUAUACAUGGGUAUUCACAGCUGCUACUCCAUCGUUUCGUUGUCGAAUCUUAGUAGAAGAAAUGUCCGACGUAGAAAUUCCUAAGAAUAUUUUAAGUCGCUAUAUUCCAAGUGAAUCUCAAUGCCGUCAAUACAAAAGUCAAAUAUCAAUAAGUGAAUGCCAAAGGUGUUAUCAAAAUACCAAUCGAAGUAUUUUUAAUGAAGGAAUCAAAACACCAUUGAAAUCCUGUAAUAGUUUUGUUUUUGAUCGAACAUAUUAUCAAUCAACAUUAGUUGAGGAAUGGUCUAUGGUUUGUAAUCAAGUAUCAUUGAAAAGUUUUGUUCAAACUAUUUUCUUUUUUGGCUAUAUGAUUGGUUCACUUGUGUUCGGCGUUUUGUCUGAUCGAUAUGGUCGCCGGCCCAUUAUGGGUAUUUCGUUUUGCAUUAUCUCUGUUGCCAGUUUCAUUUGUGCGAUUGCACCACAAGAAAAUCUUGGUUUUCAAUGGAGUUAUGCAUUGUUUAUACUCGGUCGAUUUUUACUUGCAUGUGCAAGUCGUGGUGUGGCUCUUACAGGUUUCGUCAUCGGUGUAGAAAUUGUUGGACCAAAACAACGCUUAUUUACUGGCAUUGUAGUUCAAUACUUUUUUGCUAUAGGUCAAUUACUUCUUUUAGUAUUUGCUUUUGUAAUUCGAACAUGGCGUUUAUUACAUAUGGCUUUAGCGAUAUUAUCAGUACCAUUUCUAUUUUUCUAUUUCCUGCUGUCAGAAAGUCCUCGUUGGCUUAUUUCGAAAGGUUAUUAUGAUGAAGCAGAAAAGAUUCUUCGUCAAAUAGCUAAAACAAAUAACAAUAAUUUUGAUUCAAUAGCAUAUCAACGUUUAGUCACUGAAGAGAAAAAAAAAGAAGCUGCCGUUGCCGUCAAGGGCCACGGAUUGAAGCACUUACUAAAAUCAAAAGUCAUGUGUAUCAUUUCAAUCAAUAUGUCAAUUCAAUGGUUCGUACAAAAUCUUGUUUAUUAUGGUGUUUCCCAAAGUACAGGUGCUUGGUUAGUUAAUCCAUACAUAUCAUUUGGAGCUGGUGCUGUUAUAGAAAUAUUUGCUUAUUUUAUUGCUCACUGUGUUCUUAAACGAUGGAGUCGGAAAAAAGCAUACAGUUCGUUUGUAAUAGGAUUCGCAACUUUUGCAUUUCUUGUUGUGCCAAUACAAAUGUUAAUGAUUAAAGGAAGUAGCAGUCAACAUGCACUCAUGUUCAUAGCUCAUAUUACUAUGAAGUUUUUUGCUACGGGCUCUUAUGCUAUAAUAUACAUUUAUGCGAAUGAGUUAUUUCCUACAAAUGCUCGUAAUACCGGUAUUGGUAUUUGUUCAAUGAUUGCUCGAACCGGAGCUAUUGUCGGAACGUUAUCGAAUGAUCAUUUGUCACGAGUAUGGCUACAUUUCCCCGUCGUUGUCUUUGGUUUUACAUCCAUUCUUGCAGUUGCAUUAAUUGCUAUUUGCCCAGAAACAUUCAAUAAACCAUUACCUCAAACAAUUGAGGACGUUGAAGAAAUGGGUCUUUCUUUUCUAUGUACAAACUCUAAACCAUUACCGUGUCCACAUGUCGAAGACAAUGAUGAUAUGGAUGAAAAUAAAUUGCUGAACAAGCAAUCUAAAAAUAACGUUGUUUAG